AUGAAGCAGAAUCCAAAGCGCAUUGGACGUGUCGACAUCAGCGACUUAAAUGAGGAUCCCAUCGUGGUAUGGCAGCACCAAAAUUAUCUUGCUGUCGUGAUCUUCAUGGCACUGCUACUGCCUACUCUACUCAGUGGGCUGUCAUGGGGCGACUGGGCAGGUGGUUUUAUUUAUGCUGGCAUCCUGCGAAUGGCCUUUGUCCAUCAGGCUACGUUUUGUGUCAACUCGCUGGCCCAUUGGCUGGGUGAUCAGCCGUUUGAUGCAAGCAAAUCCUCUCGGGAUCACUUUCUAACGGCCCUUCUUGCUCUGGGAGAGGGCUACCACAACUUUCACCAUGAAUUUCCUUCCGAUUACCGUAAUGCGACGAAAUGGUACCAGUAUGAUCCGACAAAAUGGGCAAUCCGCAUCUGGGAAUACUUUGGCCUAGCCUACGACGUCAAACAAUUCCAUCCCGAUGAGGUGCAGAAGCGGCGUAUCCAACAAGCGCAUGCUAUGUUGGCGAGGCAAGCGGCCAAGCUGGACUGGGGGGUACCGCCUAGCCGACUGCCAGUUCUUGAAUGGGAGGCAUACGUAGAGCAAGCAGAGAAGAGUGGACGGUGUCUUAUCGCCAUUGCGGGAAUCGUCCACGACGUGACCGAUUUUAGCAAAAGCCAUCCAGGGGGCUCGUUAAUGCUUAAAUCUGUUAUCGGAAAAGACGCAACAGCUGCAUUUCAUGGCGGAGUCUACUCCCAUUCUAGGGUAGCUCAUAACUUGCUUGCGACAAUGAGAGUGGCCUCUGUACGAGGUGGGUGUGAGGUUGAAAUCUGGAAGACGCAUCAACACAGCGAUGCGGAAGAAACAUCUCCUAUGUGCCGGCGAUAA